UCCUUUACAACAAAUUAAAUUAAACCUCAGAUCAACAAUGUCUAACCUUUCAUCCAAUUCCUUCCCUCUCCUCUUCGUCAUCAUCCUCCUCUCAUCAUUCGUGGCCUCCGAAGCCAGAGAACCCCACACGAUUAAAUUCCGAUCACCGGGCCUCUACCCCGAAGGCCUAACAUACGACGCUGUCUCCCAACACUUCAUCGUUGCCUCACUCCGAAGCACCGGCGAUACCACCUUCAUCUCCGUCUCCGAUGCCGGCGUCACCGAAACCCUAACCCUAAAAUCCUCACCAAUCCCCCUAAACUCAACCAUUCUCGGCCUCGCCGUUGACCACCGCCGUCGCCGUCUCCUCGCCGCCGUCAACUCCGAAUCUCAACCCUUCCUCGCCUCCUUCAACCUCCACCGCUCCUCCCUCGACCUCCAUUUUCUCUCUCCUCUUCCUUCCUCCGGCAUCGCAAACGGCGUCGCUUUAGACCCCUACGGCAACGCCUACGUCACCAACUCCGACGAAAAUUUCAUCUGGAAAGUCACCGAAAACGGCGCCGUUUCAAUCCUCUCAAAAUCAAAGCUCUUCACACAAUAUACAGUAGAUCACACCUCACCGUACUCCUACUGCGGCAUAAACGGCGUCGUUUACGUCAACACCAAAGAGUACAUCCUAGCCGUCCAAUCAAACACCGGAAAAAUGUUCAAAAUCGACACCGAUGACGGCACCACCAGAACCGUUAUCUUGCCGGAAAAUCUACCGUUAGCCGACGGGAUAACUAUUAGAGAUGACGGCGUAGUGGUGGUGGUGUCCAUGAACAGCGCGUGGUUCUUGAAGAGUGACGACAGCUGGGCCCAGGGAGUGGUAAUUGACAAAAUUGCCCUUGAUAAAGAAGGGUAUGCCACGUCAGUAACAGUAGGAGGUGGAGGAAGGGUAUAUGUGGUAUAUGGGUAUGUUCAGGAGGUUAUAAAGGGAAUUUCAGAGAAGAGAGAAUGGUUUAGGAUUGAGGAGAUAAAGUCGAAGAGAGAGAGUGAGGAAGAAGAGAGUUGGUUGUGGCCGUUUGUGUUGAUUGGGCUGGGCUUGGCUUAUUUUGCUUUUUGGAGAUUGCAAAUGGGCCAUCUUGUAAAGAAUAUGGAUAGAAAACGUGUUUAAGUUAUUGGGCUUUUUGUUUUUGUUUUUUUUUAUUUUAUUUGUAUUACCUUUAGAUGUGAUAAUCAAUUUUGUAAUAUUUUAUAUCUCACAAAUAAUACUCCAAAGUUACACGUAAUAUUUAACGGAGGUAUAAUUUUUCAACUAUUUUCGUGUUUUUUUAAAGUUUGUUUAAAAAUUAGAAGAAAAAAAAACGUAGGAUUAAUGCUAACUUCCCCUCAAUUUGUGAAAUUUUUAUGUUGUAAUGUUCUAUACUUGUAUGUACAGAGUAAUACAAGUAAUUACUCCGUCUCAAAUUAGUUGUCACCAAUACUUUAAUUGAUUGUAGUUUACAAGCAAUUGAGCAGCAAUUGAGCAAUGAGAGAAAAAAAAAAUUGAUACAAUAAUUUUGUGGUUCAACCACCACUUUUGGUGUACUCCAGGCGCGCAAAACAGGGGCAGCAGCAAGGGUCAAUUGUGAGAAGGAACAAUGAACAACAGGACAAGGCCAAUUAAGGGGAAGUUGAGGAAAGAAGGCAGCCUCCUUUAAUCAUAACCUUUGUGGGUUUCUAUUUUAGUUAAUUAAUGUCACAUGUUCUAGUUAAGUCUUGAGUAUAUGUAUUGUAGUUAGGGGGCAGUAGAGACCAUCCAGAAAUUAGUGAAAACACAUGAGAGACUUGUGGCCUCAAGCUACUGUGAGAUUCAUAACCUCAAGUUAUGCCUAUCCCUUGUAAUUCAAUCAUCAGUGAAUCAAAUACUCAAGUUUAAGCCUUGGUUCUUGCAAA